ACUCUCCCUUCCUCCCCUUAAGUACGGCCUGUCUCUCCAUCCUCAACCGUUCCUCACCUUCGCUCGCCUCAUUCUUCAAGGGCGACACCGUACUCUUCAUCUCCGCGAUUUCCUUCCACCUUUCCUCACUUGAAUUCAUGAUGGACGCAAUGGACGUAGAUUGGUGCUUGACCUGCAACAAACAGACAACACAUGGCAAGCCAUACUGCUCCAAGACGUGCAAGAUGCGUGCCGCCGAGGCCGCCGACGCAGUCGCGGGCGAGUUUGCUUACAAUUCCGACGACGCUUCCUCCUCUUCCGAUGUCCUCCGCGAACCUUUCCUCGUCAACAACCCGCACCACCCGCGCACGUCUCCGAGGCGGCAUACUCACCCCUCUGCAUCCGCUAUGUGCCACGACAAUGCCUCGUCGAGGCGCUCUCGUACAUAUCAUCACGCCCCACAACAGCAGUUCCUCGAUGAUGAGAUCGCUGCCCUCUCGAGAUGGCCGGGCUACAACGACGCAGGCAUCCGUGCUUGGGCGAGUGCGAUUCCAGCAGGCUCUGCCUCUGUCGAGUCACCAAGCAUCGGCCCAUCCUCCGCCUGUGCACGACCAGACUUCCCACUGUCCCGCCAACGUCCAGCAGGACCUGCACUGUGCACCGAUUCGACGCAGCCGCAACGCGCCAGCGUGCGCUCAUCCUCCCCCAUCUCCCUUCCAUCUCCGCGUGCUGGCGAUGCUCAAUCCUACGCGAGCUACAGCAGGAGCAGCUACUCCCUCGUCAGUGCCCUCACUGAGUCGAUCCACACACCCGACUCAGCACGCCCUCACACCAAGGCCCGUGUCCACACGGGUAACGGCUCUGGCAGGCCAGGAGUCUUUGAAGGUAUCGCCCGCCGCUUCCGCUCGUGGGGUUCGGGAACCGGGGCACCUCCCCUUCUAAAGCAUGACGCGCCUGCCGAAAUUUUCAUGCAGACGACCACGACCACUGUGCCUGCCUCGCCCUCUCCUUCAUCACCCACUUCGCCUCUUCGGCGCUCAAACACGACGAAGUCGAAUUCGAAGGGUUCUGCCUCAGGAUUUACCGUUCGCGCUGAAGACGACUUCAAGCGAGAGCCUGCUGUGUUCGACCUGCGUCUUCCACUCGUAGGAGCACGCUCUCCUCUUGCGAUCGGAGAUGCUGAGUUGAAGGAAUCACUUACAUUACGGGGUGCUGGAGAACAGCAGAAGCGUGGAGUGUGGAUCACGGGACGCGAGAAGGCAGACAAGGGAUGGGCAGGUUUUGGCCCAGCCCACUAUGAGAAAAACUACCGACCAAUUGUCCUGUUCAGCGAUGAUGAGCGUAACGAUCGCGAGCGCGAGUUCAGAGAGCACGAGGCGUGGAGAGCUAGGGGCCGCAAGCCUGUUAGGCGUUGAAUGCGUGUUUGCAGCCGACGCGAUCUAAUGCGAUUGUUGAACUGAGGCACUUCAGCAAAAUCUAUUUCACGAUUUCCGACUACAUAGAGUUUCCUCUCGACGACGACUCCUUCCGACUUGUUUCUCUGCACGCGCCGAUACAUACAGCACUUAGACGGGCCUUGGCCACUUUCCCUUACUCGCAUCUCAUUGAUCUCCACCACAUACCACCGGGAAUAGGAGCCGGAAAAAAAUGCCACUUUUCACGAUCUUCUAUCGCACAUUCAUCCCAUCUCCAGCUGGUCACUUCUUCCAUGCUACCUGGACGCCACUGACGACAGGUCCGGAAGGCGAAGCGCAGCAGUUUCACGGUGUCUCGUAUGGAACACACGGAUAUACUCGUUGAUGGAUUGACUUGGAGAUGAUUCAUUGAUUGAUCUCUUGAAGUCAAAUUUUGGAGAGCUGGAAAUAACGGUCGUUUCGUUCCGUGAACCGUACUCGACGUUGCGCUCCGCAAAUGUCUCUUCGGAGUCGACCAAGUUCCUGUCUAUUCCGACACCGAUUCCGACGUGUUCCCACUGUCCCUUCUCGAUCUCCCUUACACUUGCUUCCCUCCCCUUGUUUUUCUCCCCAGAGUCAUUUUCCCAUGCAUAUGCCCCCUUGCACAUCAAAAAUUUGGCUUUUGUUCACCCAUUUGAUCACGCUUGAUUUUUGACGUUUUUGAAAUUCCAUCUUUUUAUUUUCUUUUCAAUUACCUUUUGACUUGGCGAAGGCGAUGACGACGACGGAAGUCCUGAUUCUUCUUCUCCUGCCUUGUUUUACAUUCCUCUCCUCUCUACGCGGCCCAUCGACACAUUAUCGACCCUACGCACCGACCUAAACGUCGUCCUCUCGCCUUGACGCCAAGUCAAUUUUUCUUCUCUAUCCCAUCUCAACCUUAUUCACUUACUACCUACAAAAAUUCACCAGCCACCAAAAACACCAGCGGACUCGAUUAUUACUCCUUUUUCGCUUGUGCUUGUACAAUUAUUGUACUAACGUAUCAGUUCCUUUUCUCUCUCUUUCUCAUUCCCACUCUGGCGAUGAUACUGUCUUCGUCGCCCACUCUCCGCACUCUGCAUAGGCUGCAUGCCUUGAUAUCCCUUGUAUUCUGCAUUUCAUAUCACAUCAUACAAUCCCAAUCCCAAUCCCAUCCCACUGCAAUAUCAGUUCGUAUAUACAUGUCUCUCGCUCAAUCUGUUCUCCUCUUGCAUCAUCUCUCUCUCAACAACACAUCACUCCACUCGUUUUCCAUAGUUUAGUUUAGUUUCCCUCAUGUUGUUUACUGUCUACCGCAUAGAAUUUC